AUGUUAAGAUGUUGGAAAUCGGGUUGCGGUGCAGCGGUACCUACAGCUAGCCUAUUCGCUUUCCAAAUUUGGGUCAUUUUGGCCAACAACAAGGCUGCAAGCCACGCGAACCUCCCACAUACGAUCAACCUUUUCUUACAAACGGUUGACUGUGUCAACCCCCUUCAUCGGGUCAAGGCUGGUCCAAGAAACUUAAGCUCCCUGACGUCGACGGGGAACAUCUUUAAACAACAACUCCUGGAACCAAGUCGCAUAUUACUCCUGCGCUAG